AUGCACGCAAAAAAUAUUACAAACAAUUUAAUGACAGAUAGAUCAACUAUUUCUAAGGGUCCUAUUGUAAAUAAAGCAAAUUAAAAUAGUAUUAAAAAAGGUUAUUUUAUUAGUACCAGUUUAUGAUGACUAUUAAUAUAAAAAAGUAAUCCCAAAAUUUGAAUAAGCAGACAUUUUGUUUCAUUCAUAAUUGUAUGAUCCAACAGAGAGUUUAAAAUAGCAAAUAUAAGAACUAAAGAGAUAAAUUAAAAUUAAGGAAUUAAGUUAUGAUUAAAUUGCUUCUGCAUUUUAUUAAUCAUAAAAUAAGGUAGAAGAGUUAUUAGAAGCGCUUGAAAAUUCUGAGAAAGAGAGAAAAAUAUUAUAAAAAGAAAUUGAAAAUCAUAUAGAAAAUAUUGAAUACAAAUAAUUCGACAUUAAAUAAUAGCAAGAAAUUUAUGGUCUAUUUUAGAAUGAAAAUACUUAAUUGAAAUCAAACACAGUUCAGGUAUAUAAAAUGAAUAAUUUAGUUAAAAGAUACAAUAUUUAGAUUGUAAAGUGAAAAUAAGUAACUGAAAGAUUAAUUAGAUUGUUUAUUGACGAGUUCAUAAAGUUGUGAAAGGAAGGGAAGUUCAAGAGUAUCUUUUGAUUAUUUAUUAAAUGAUCAAGAUUAAUUACAAUAAGAAUAAGCAGUUUCUGUCAAUGCUUCUGAAACUUGUGAUAGAAAUUGUAAUUGUUCUAAAAGAAUUAAAUUUUUUUAAGGAGAACUAAAAAAAUGUUAAGCUUAACUAAAAGAAAAAGAUUAAUUAAUUGCAAAAUUAACUGAAUAAAAUUUAAUAAUUUAAAAGGCUUAGAGUAGAUUAUCAAAAUGUUCAAAACAAUAAAAUAUCUUAGAAUCUCCAAUUAUAUAAUAAGAAAAAAAAGAAUUAAUAUAGAUAAAUUAGUAAAAAAAUAAUGUAUUUCGUCAACUGGAAGGACAUAAAAGUGAUAAAAAAUUCAAAGAAAUUAAUUAAGGAGAAGAUUCUCAAAUGCCAGUAAUAAUUUUAUAUGAUUUAGUUAAAAAUGUCGUCAAGUGCAAGAUCAGUAUUGAUGAAUAAAUCUAAAAAAGAAGUUGAACAGAUGUAUCGUAAAAUGAAUUAAUCUGCUCUAUUUACUGCGAGCCUAUUCUCAACAAUGUUAGAUUAUAAAAAUUUACAUUAAAAUACAGGAUCGUUCGGAAAUAAAUAUCUCAAUUAACAAUAAUGA